AUGAUCUUAUAUGUUUGUGGCAAAAUUUUCAAACACAGUCGCUCCUUAUCUUGCCACGUGUCGAAAGUUCACAGGGAUCGCAAGCAGCCAAGUUGUGAGAAGUGUCACCGAGUGUUUUUCGAUCUUUCCACUUUACGGAAACAUAUUGACACCGCCCACAGCGCGAACGUACGACCUCGUUUACCAUGCACGGUCCCCGGCUGUGACAAAACCUACCUGAGCAAGGGCGACGUGGUGAAACAUGAGAGAACUGAACACGCCCAGAAUCCGAUCCGAUUUCCGUGCACCCUUUGUGGAAAGGAAUUCAAAACGAAUGCACACCUUCAGCGUCACAUUCACACCCACACGACGGAGAAGACCUACACCUGCGCCACUUGUGGGAGGGGUUUCGCCCUCAUGGAAAAUAGAAAACGUCACGAGAAGACGCAUUUAGAAAAAUCUACCCGAUCCGUAUCAAAGUGUGACCUCUGUCCUCAGACCUUUUUAAGUAGGUCUGGUCUACUAGUUCACGUCCGAACUGUACAUGAAAAUCAGAGGAAUUACCCGUGCGCAUUUUGUGCUCGCAGAUUUCCCAGCUCGUCAGACUUGAAGCGUCACGUGGUGGCGAGGCAUGGUACGAAUGACGAGUUGAUCCAUUUCUGUGACAAAUGCGAGUACAAGUCUCACUCGAAAGUCAAUUUGGCCAACCACUAAUUACGUCACA